AUGGCCAUCUCAUCUCUUGAGAAGGAUAGCAAUGGCCACCCCCGGUUCUUUGGCUGCUCGAACAUCCGUGACUUUGAAUUCGUCGGGAAACUCGGAGAAGGAACUUUCGGCGAGGUUUACAAAGCAAGGUCUAAAAAGGACAAUUCAGUGGUGGCACUGAAGAAGAUCCUCAUGCACCAUGAGAAAGAGGGCUUUCCCAUUACCGCCAUCCGAGAAAUCAAAAUUUUGAAGGCGCUUUCCCAUCCCAAUAUCCUGCAACUCAAAGAAAUGGCGAUGGAGCGGAGUAAGGGUGAGGGGCGCAAAAAACCCAGCAUGUACAUGGUCACACCAUACAUGGAACAUGACCUGUCAGGACUCCUGGAAAACCCAACAGUCCACUUCAGUGAGCCCCAGAUCAAAUGCUACCUGAUGCAGCUCUUAGAAGGACUUCGGUAUUUGCAUGCGAAUCGCAUUCUGCAUCGGGACAUGAAAGCUGCCAACCUUCUGAUCAGCAAUGGAGGUAUUCUUCAGAUCGCUGAUUUCGGACUCGCACGACCCUACGAUGAGUCCCCGCCCCAGCCUGGAAAAGGCGGGGGAGAGGCCAAAAGAGAAUAUACCGCCCUCGUUGUCACGAGAUGGUAUCGUCCGCCGGAGCUGCUCCUUCAACUGAAGCGAUAUACGACGGCCAUCGACAUGUGGGGAGUAGGCUGUGUCUUUGGCGAGAUGUUCAAAGGAAAACCCAUUCUUGCCGGCAACAGCGACCUCAAUCAAGCGCAAUUGAUCUUCAGCCUUGUGGGGUCUCCUAAUGACGAGAAUAUGCCUGGAUGGAAUGCACUCCCAGGCUGCGAGAAUGUGAGAGACUUUGGGUCCAACCCCGGAAACCUUGCGCAUGUCUUCAAGGAUCAAAGCCCAACAGCCAUUUCACUGCUACGCGAGCUUCUCAGGCUUGACUGGCGGAAGCGGAUCAAUGCCAUUGACGCAUUGAAGCACCCUUAUUUCUCCACGCCCCCACUCCCAGCACGCCCGGGCGAAAUUCCCCACUUCCAGGAUUCUCACGAGCUUGAUCGGAAAAAGUUCCGCAGUCAGCGGCCCCCUGCCCCAGGCGGCGUGGAUACUCACUCCAACGGAGGCUGGGUGAGCUCGGGAUCCCGGGGAGACGCCCGAAGUAGUCGGGUUCCUGGUGCCGCCCGCGGGGGAAGACCAAGCGCACCAGGGGGGCAUGUGAACCCUAUGCGGCGCGGGCCCUUCCCACCUUCCCAGAGAGACAACGGUCUACCGCCGAGGCCACCGGUGUCUGCUCACCAGCCAUGGGAUGGAGCACCAGCCGGCAGGGCCGAUGGAAGAGAUGAUCAGCGACGAGACCGGUUUGGUCAGGGCCGGUCCGGAGGUAGGCCCUCGGGGAACUUAGACUCAUACGUUCCUAACUAUGGCAAUGCUCUUGAUCGUGGGCGAGAGGCUACCGAUUAUCGACGUGAUCAUCGCCGAGAACCCGUGCCUCGGAGAAGGAGCCGGAGUCCUCGGUAA